AUGGAUGGGUACCAGUUGUGGUACUCAUGCAGUGAGAGGCAUCGUAAUAGAGUGGUCAUUUUAGUAGAUAAGGAGCUAAGAGGGCAAGUGGUAGAGGUUAAGAGGGUAAGUGAUAGGCCGAUGAUGAUUAAGUUAGUUAUUGGGGAGUUUACUCUGCAUGUGUGUAGAGUUCAUGAACCGAAGGUGGGUUUGGGUGAGGAGGUAAAAGUAACCUUUUGGAAGGCUUUGGAUGAGAUGGUGAGAAGCGUGCCUAGCUUGGAGAAGAUUAUCAUAGCAGGGGACUUUAAUGGGCACAUUGGGGUUUUUCUAGGUGGUUAUGGUGAUGUACGUGGAGGGUUUAGUUUUGGCAAUAGAAAUGGUGAGGAGGUUGCUCUGUUGGAUUUUAUGAGGGCUUUUGGACUGGUGGUUGUCAAUUUAAACUUUCUGAAGAAGGAGGAUCGCCUGAUUACUUUCCGAAGUGCUUCAGCCAAGAUACAGAUUAACUUUCUGCUGCUUAGUAAGAGGGAUAGGGCUAUGUGUAAGGAUUGUAAAUUCAUUCUGAGUGAGCAUAUUUUGACUCAACACAGGCUUCUAGUGAUGGACUUGAUUAUCAAGAAGAACAAGAAGAGUAGGGCUGGAGAGGGUCAACCCAAAAUUAAGUGGGGUGGCUUGACGCCUGUUAGUGUGCUGGAGAUAGGGGAGAAGGUGUCGGAAAUAGGCGUGUGA